UGUCUGCCCCUUUCACACUGAACCGAGUUCAUUCCGGUGUCACACCGGUUCUAGGAAGAAAAAGCCAACCAGUAUUUAUACGAAAAGUGCCUUGUUCUUUAAGCAGUGGAUAUUAUUCCAUCGCAGGGGCCAAUAGACUAGAUCUAUAGACUGGAGAGUUACUUGGUCAAUUGGAUGCUAGAUUUACGAAACAGAAAAUUUGCAACAGACAUGGUUGAUCGUAUAGAGUGUAGACUUUAGCAGUAAUUUAAUUUGGCGUCAUCUUUGAACAACGGAAUUUUCACUGCGGCGAAAAUCAUGUACUACAAAACACUCCUCAGUAAGUCUGGCCAAAGACUGUGUCAGGGUUUGAGCACCAGGUCUCUGGUCUUGGCCUCUACAAGUUCAUCGUCCAAUCAAAUCUCAGCUUUCUCCAGUCUCGCAGGGGGCGCCUCUCCAUCUUCCCAGUCCCUUCAAAGGAAAUGGCGUCUGGAAUCUCGGGCCAACAUCUCGACGUCUCAGGUCAUGCCGGCUCAGGCCAUGUUCCGUUCGGACCUGGUGAAUUGUAAGCGAGUGGUCAUUAAGCUGGGGAGUGCCGUCAUCACCCGUGAGGAUGAGUGUGGGCUGGCCCUGGGCAGGUUAGCCUCCAUCGUGGAACAGGCUUGCGAGUUGCACGCCAUGAAUAAACAGGUGAUUAUGGUGACUAGUGGUGCCAUCGCGUUCGGAAAACAAAAACUCCAUCAAGAAAUGCUGAUGUCCAUGAGUAUGCGACAGACUCUACAUACAAGUAAAAGGCAGGGAUCCCUGAUCGAGCCCCGAGCCUGUGCUGCCGUCGGACAGAGUGGUCUAAUGUCGCUCUAUGAAGCCAUGUUUAACCAGUAUGGAGUCAAAACUGCCCAGGUUCUCAUCACCAAGCCAGAUUUCUUCCAUGAGGAAAGUCGAAGGAACUUGAUAGGGACGCUGAAGGAGCUGCUACAACUGAGCAUUGUUCCCAUCCUGAACACCAACGAUGCUGUCGCCCCACCGCCCCAGAUAGACAAAGACUUACAGGGGGUGAUAAGUCUGAAGGACAAUGACAGUUUGGCGGCCCGCCUGGCAGUGGAAGUCGACGCUGACCUGAUGAUUCUGAUGUCAGACGUUGAUGGCCUCUACACAGGACCCCCAGGGCAAGAGGGCUCCCGCCUCCUCCAUACUUACUGUCCGGAGGUCGAUGAAACCUCCGUCAUCUUUGGAGAGAAAUCCCGCGUUGGACUGGGUGGGAUGGAUUCUAAGGUGAGAGCAGCUUCCUGGGCCCUAGACAAUGGUACGACUGUGGUCAUUUGCAAUGGACAUGAAGACCGAGCCAUCCACAACAUUGUGUCAGGGAAAAACAUCGGGACCUUCUUCACCAAGUCCAAAGUCCAGAAUGCACCAGUUGAACUGAUGGCCAUGCAAGCACGAGAGGGAGGUCGAGUGCUACAAACAACCACACCCAAUCAGAAGCACCUGAUCAUCACAAAGUUGGCCAACCUUUUGUUAGAGAGACAGCGAGACAUUCUUGAUGCCAACAGCAAGGACAUAGAGAUGGCCAACAAGUCAGGUCUAGAGUCCACCUUAGUGUCUAGACUAGUUUUGAGUGAGAGGAAACUUCACACUCUUUAUGAAGGCCUGAAGCAGAUAGCCGAUCAAAGCUCAGACAUUGUUGGGCGUGUCGUUAGGAGGACAUUGCUGGCAGAUGGCCUUGAAUUAAAACAGGUCACGACCCCUAUAGGGGUUCUUCUUGUUAUCUUUGAGUCCCGUCCAGACUGCCUACCUCAGGUGGCAGCUUUGUCUAUCGCCAGUGGUAACGGUCUGCUGCUGAAAGGAGGGAAGGAAGCGUACCACAGUAACCAGAUUCUGCACUCGCUUGUCCAGGAGGCACUCGAACCGUUCGUUCCCAGGGAAACCAUUUCACUGGUAAGCACACGAGAGGAGAUUGAGUCUCUACUUGAGAUGAAUGAGUACAUUGACCUAAUUAUACCCCGUGGGUCCAACGAGCUGGUCAGCAUGAUCCAGAAACAGAGCCAGGGGAUCCCCGUCCUGGGGCACAGCGAGGGCGUGUGUCACGUCUACAUCGACAGGAACAUUGACCAGGAUAUGGCUCUAGACAUAGUGCGAGAUUCAAAGACGGAUUACCCAGCUGCUUGUAACGCCGUGGAAACCAUACUGGUCAACAAGACCCACCUGAGGGCUCCAUUUUUUGAAGAUUUGUUUGACAUGCUGAAAUCCGAAGGGGUGAAGAUUUACUCUGGACCCCGUCUGGCCUCGGCCCUGAAGUUUGGCCCCCCACCGGCCCCCUCACUCCACACAGAGUACGGAGACCUGUCCGUUACCGUGGAACUUGUAGACGAUGUCAAGGACGCCAUUCAACACAUCAACAAAUACAGCAGUAGCCACACCGACGCCAUUGUCACUAGUGAUGAUAACGUGGCAGAGGUGUUCCUCAAGGGCGUGGAUAGUGCUUGUGUAUUCCACAACACAAGCACUAGGUUUGCUGAUGGCUACAGAUUUGGACUUGGUGCUGAGGUAGGAAUUAGUACCUGCCGAAUUCAUGCUCGAGGCCCAGUAGGGGUGGAGGGACUACUGACCACAAAGUGGCUUCUUAACGGGGAGGGUCACAUUGUGGAAGACUUCAGCAAAGGGAAGAAGGAAUACAUACACAGACCCCUCCCUCUGCCACAGAACAUGAUGGAGGAGGAGGAUGUCAAUGUAGAGCUCAAGGACUAGAGAGACAAGCUCUGAUUGGUCAGCUGUUCAUGUUUGAAAGAUCAAUAGAUCCUGUGAUUGGUUAAAACUUUAAAACACAGCAUCUCUAUCAAAGGCUGUGAUUGGACUAUUUUUUCCAUGCCUGUCAAGAUUUAAAAAGACAGCAUGGGUAGUUUUUCAAAUUUGUCUUCUGAUGCUUUGUAAAUGGUUCUACUUACUUUGUACCAAGGGCAGUUUUUCCAGCUGAUAUAAAGACACACUACACAAAGAAACAGUUGUACAUUUGUAUCUGUCUCUUUAUCAGGAUUAAAACUUACCACAACUUUAUAAGCCACAGAAAAAGCAACCGUUUUUUUUUUCGCUUUCACUGACAUUUCUUACUUUGGUAAAUUUUCGUUGUCAAACUGAGAAAGUGCUAUGUUUAGUAUAUUAUAUUUUGUAUUUAAAAGAAAGUAAAACCUGAAAUAUUUUCAAGUUUAAAAACACACUUUCAUAAUAAUUGCCUGUUUUGGCAUGUGUUGUUGACAACAGAUUUGUUUACCUUGGUUGUCAGGUUGUGCUUGUACACACACCUGUCUAGAUCUGGAUUGUAUGAGAUCUGAAUCUCUGUUACGUUUUGUAUCGUAUGUAAUAAUGAUCACACAUUUUUUGGUCGCAUUUUCUUAUCAAAAUUAACGCAUUUAUUGCUUUACAGGGUUGAUUGAUAAGGAUUAAAGGAGUGAGAGUUCAUUAAAGACGAUACAUUUUUUUGAAAAUAAAGCCAUUCUUUUGCUAUGUAUACUGAAAAUAAAAUAUAUCAGUAUU